AUGGAGAAAUCACUGGAUUUUGUUGCGGUUCAAUCACCAUUGAAACUCGAUCCUGAGUGCUUUGGUUUUUGGAAAGUGUCGAUCAAGCAGGCCAUCUCAAGCAUUGACAUGGAAGCUUGGUUUGCGGUGGAAGAUGGUUGGUCUCAUCCGACGGAGAAAAAUGAGAAGGGAGACUUGGUGCUUAAGCACAGGAAGAAAUGGACGGCCGAAGAAAAAGCGGAGUCCAAACAUAACUCACAGGCUCUAUCAGUUAUCUUCAAGUCUUUGCCUAGGGACAUUUUCAAUCAAGUUCAAGGAUGUGACGCGGCCAAGGAAGCAUGGGACAUUCUGGUAGUCACGUUUGAAGGCACAAGUAGGGUCAAACGUACAAGGUUGGACAAUCUUGCUUCGGAUUUUGAAAACUUGCACAUGACAGAGACUGAGUCAGUUGCUGAGUAUAGCAGUCGUCUGAGUGGUAUUGCACAAGAAGCUGUAGUUCUGGGUAAACGCUACAAGGACAAGAAGCUGGUGAAGAAAUUUCUCAGAAGUUUGCCAGACAAGUUUCAACCACACAGGUCUGCUAUUGAUGUUUCACUGAAUUCUGAUGAGCUCAAGUACAAUCAAGUAGUUGGGAUGAUGCAGGCAUUUGAGAUACAGCUGAAGAAGAAGGAAAAGAUAAAUGAGAAAUCAUUUGCUCUCAAAGCCAUUGAGGAACAGAAGAUUGCAGAGUCUCAGGAAGUUGCAGAUGAAGAAAAAGUCGGCUUGCUGGUUAAGAAAUACUUCCGCAAGAUGGAAAGAGGUCAGCGGAAGGGAACAUCACCGGUCUUGAAAUCCGAUACUGAUAAGGAAAUCAGAAAGGGUGACAAGCAAGAACGACAGUGUGCUGAAUGCGAGGGUUUUGGACAUUACAAGUCUGAAUGCCCAAACAACAAACGGAAGAAUUCCUUGCAAUGCUAUGGAUGUAAGGGCUACGGUCACACCAAGUUUGAUUGUCCUUCACGAGAAAACAAGCAGAAGUCUUACAUCACUUGGAGUGAAAGCGACUCAGAUGAAGAGGUCGGCAAAGGAGAGGUUCUUAACAGCUUCCUUGCACUGCUGGGUGUUAUUGAGGAAGAUGAAGAAGAUGAUGUGGUGCUGGAAAUCAAAGACGUGGAUGAGAAGGUGAAUUCUGAUUCAGAAGGGGAAGAGGCAGAUUUGUCAGUAGAAGAUCAGAUAGAGCUUCUCAUCAAGACGGUGGUUCAGAAGACACAGGACAACACACAGUUAACCUCUAAGAGAGAUACCUUACAGCUUCAUGUUGCCAUGAUCUCUAAAGAAUUAAGUGAAGAGAAGGCUAAGACUCUGCGACUUGAGAAGCAGUUAGACGAACAGCUGAAGAAUAUCAGGAUGCUGAAUAAAGGAACCAAAGAUCUCGAUACACUGCUGAGCACUGGAAGAUCCAGCAAUCUGAAGUGGGGUCUGGGUUACCAAGGAACAAACACCAACCCAACCACUAAAUUUGUCAAAGGAGUGGAAUCUGCACCAGAACAGAAGGAGAGGAAUUUCUCUCAAACGACUAGGAGGUGUGAUCAGGCUCCUGUGAAUCCGAAUUCAAGAAAUCCAAGGAUGGUUGCGUUUCCUGAGGUAAAUACUAGGCCGCCAUAUGUCUCUAGUGGGUUUCUGCAGACAUCUCGAAGACCUGUUCAGCGUAGUAGACGGAGAGGAUGUUGGUAUUGUGGGCAUCUAACUCACUAUAAAGCCCAAUGCUAUCAGUUUCAGAAUCGUGUUAUGCAACGCUGUGCGUUUUAUCCAGCUGUCAGGAGAAACACACAGGAGUAUGUCAGGAAAGAUGAUCUCUACUGUCAUGUGGCUUUCACAGCAGAAAAGACAGAGGCUGAUCAGGCCAAGUGGUAUUUUGACAGUGGUUGCUCUAGGCAUAUGACAGGUGCCCGUGAUAAUCUAUCACAUCUAGAAGGUGUUGCUGGAGGAAGAGUUACUUUCGGUGAUGGAGGGAAGGGUACGAUCCGAGGAAAAGGAACAACUGGUGGUGAGUCUCAACCACAUCUUAAAGAUGUCUUCCUGGUUGAAGGGUUGAAGGCCAAUCUGAUAAGUAUCAGUCAGUUGUGUGAUGAAGGUCUGGAUGUCACUUUCACCAAGAAGGGGUGCAAGGCUGUGGAUCAACAAGGGUCAAUACAACUUAGAGGCAGGAGGUCUGGUAACAACUGUUACAUGUGGAAAUCAUCAAUACAGUGUUUUAACACGACUGCUGAGUUGGAUACAGAACUGUGGCAUCAGAAGCUUGGUCAUCUCAACAUUCGCACAAUGAUGAAACUGGCUAAUCAAGAGGUUGUGCGCGGAAUUCCUAAGCUGAAAAGUGAUCCACAUUUCAUAUGUGGUCCGUGCAACAAAGGCAAGCAAAUCAAGACGUCUCAUGGGCCUGUGACUGAUAUUCGCACAAGUCAUGCACUUCAGUUGGUACAUAUGGAUCUGAUGGGUCCUAUUCAAGUUCAGAGUAUUUCUGGGCGACGGUUCAUCUUUGUCAUGGUGGACGAUUUCACUCGCUACACCUGGGUGCGAUUUCUUCGUGAAAAAGCUGAUGCUCUUGAAUGUUUUCGCAUUCUUGCCCUGCAGAUUAAAAGUGAAAAAUAUUCAAUCCAGGUUAUCAGGAGUGAUCAUGGAGGAGAAUUUCAGAAUGACAAGUUUGAUCAAUUCUGCGGAAAUCAGGGCAUUGUUCAUCAGUACUCUGCUCCGAGAACCCCAGAGCAGAAUGGUGUAGUUGAACGAAAGAACAGAACACUCCAAGAAAUGGCGAGAGCUAUGCUGCAUGGGAAUCAAGUGCCACAUCGGUUUUGGGAUGAAGCUGUCAACACUGCUUGCUACAUUAUCAAUCGUGUGUAUGUUCGACCAGGGACCAGCAAGACUCCUUAUGAGUUAUGGAAAGGAAAGCCUCCAACUGUAAGCUACUUUCAUGUGUUUGGUUGUCUAUGCUACAUUCUGAAUGACAAGGAUCAGUUGGGUAAAUUUGACUCGAAGAGUGAUGAAGGGAUCUUUCUUGGUUACUCCGGACACAGCACUGCUUUUCGUGUCUACAACAAACGCACAAGAUCAGUUCAAGAAACAGUAAAUGUUGUCUUUGAUGAUACUUCGUUUCAACGAAUUGAUAUGGUGCCUGUUCUCUCUGACAAGGAUCUGGUAACUGAUGAUGAGAAGUCUGAGCAAGCCUCUGAGAGUUUUAGUGAUCAUACUGGUACCAGUCCCGGACUGUCACCAGACGAGCUUCCUCCAUCUUCUCAGGUUCAUCGGAAUCACUCCUCAGGUGAUGUUAUCGGUGCGAUUCAGGGGGGUAGAGUUACCAGGGGCAAACAAAUUGACUUUGCUCAACUGGCCGGAAGGAAACAGAAGACUGCAGUUCCGGACACUGUCACUCAGGACUCUGAAAUUGUUCAAUUCGCCUGUUUUGUUUCCACUAUGGAACCAAAGAAUCACAAAGAGGCUCUUCGGGAUGAGUUCUGGGUUGCUGCAAUGCAAGAUGAGCUGGAACAAUUUGAGCGCAGCGAUGUGUGGGAACUCACUAAACGGCCAGCUAAUGUCAAUAUAGUGGGAACGAAGUGGAUCUUCAAGAAUAAGAGUGAUGCCAGUGGAUGCAUUGUGAGAAAUAAAGCAAGACUUGUGGCCCAAGGUUACUCUCAAGUCGAAGGAGUUGACUUUGAUGAAACCUUUGCUCCGGUAGCGAGGCUAGAAUCCAUCAGGUUCAUGUUUGGAAUGGCAUGUGCUCUCAAGUUUACUUUACAUCAGAUGGAUGUGAAAAGUGCAUUUCUGAAUGGGAUUCUACAAGAAGAAGUGUUUGUAGAACAACCAAAAGGCUUUGAGAACCCACAACAUCCUGAGCAUGUGUAUCGUCUGAAGAAAGCGCUAUAUGGUCUCAAGCAGGCUCCAAGAGCAUGGUAUGAGAGGUUAACAACAUUUCUUCUGGAUCAAGGAUAUGUUCGUGGAAGUGUAGACAAGACACUGUUUGUUCUCAACAACAACAAGGCCUUGAUGUUUGUUCAGAUCUAUGUGGACGACAUUAUUUUUGGUUCUACCUGUCAAUCUCUGGUGCAAAGGUUCGUGAAGAACAUGUCACAGGAGUUUGAGAUGAGUAUGGUGGGAGAGCUGAAAUACUUCUUGGGUCUGCAAGUAGAACAAUCAGCUGAUGGGAUCUUUGUGUCUCAAAGCACCUAUGCUAAAGAAUUGGUUCAGCGAUUUGGUUUAGGGAAGAGUAAAGAAUCCAAGGUACCUAUGGGGGUCAAUGACAAGCUUUCAAAAGAUGAGGAAGGAGAGGAUGUGGAUGAAAGACUAUACAGAGGUAUGAUUGGGAGCUUGCUUUACCUGACAGUAAGUAGGCCUGACAUUUGUCUGUCAGUAGGGAUUUGUGCACGGUACCAGGCCAAGCCCAAGCUGUCACACCUGCUAGCAGUCAAGAAGAUCAUCAAGUACAUCAAGGGGACAGUGAACUUUGGUAUUUUCUUCACUAAGGAUACCAACACUAGUCUGAGCGGGUACUGCGAUGCUGAUUGGGCAGGUUCUGUGGAUGAUCGCCGAAGUACUAGUGGAGGAUGCUUCUUUAUGGGCAACAAUCUAAUUUCAUGGCACAGCAAGAAGCAGAACAGUGUCUCACUGUCAACCGCUGAGGCAGAAUACAUUGCCUUGGGCAGUUGUUGUACACAGCUCCUGUGGAUGCGUCAAAUGUCCUCUGACUAUGACGAGCUUCCUCCAUCUUCUCAGGUUCAUCGGAAUCACUCCUCAGGUGAUGUUAUCGGUGCGAUUCAGGGGGGUAGAGUUACCAGGGGCAAACAAAUUGACUUUGCUCAACUGGCCGGAAGGAAACAGAAGACUGCAGUUCCGGACACUGUCACUCAGGACUCUGAAAUUGUUCAAUUCGCCUGUUUUGUUUCCACUAUGGAACCAAAGAAUCACAAAGAGGCUCUUCGGGAUGAGUUCUGGGUUGCUGCAAUGCAAGAUGAGCUGGAACAAUUUGAGCGCAGCGAUGUGUGGGAACUCACUAAACGGCCAGCUAAUGUCAAUAUAGUGGGAACGAAGUGGAUCUUCAAGAAUAAGAGUGAUGCCAGUGGAUGCAUUGUGAGAAAUAAAGCAAGACUUGUGGCCCAAGGUUACUCUCAAGUCGAAGGAGUUGACUUUGAUGAAACCUUUGCUCCGGUAGCGAGGCUAGAAUCCAUCAGGUUCAUGUUUGGAAUGGCAUGUGCUCUCAAGUUUACUUUACAUCAGAUGGAUGUGAAAAGUGCAUUUCUGAAUGGGAUUCUACAAGAAGAAGUGUUUGUAGAACAACCAAAAGGCUUUGAGAACCCACAACAUCCUGAGCAUGUGUAUCGUCUGAAGAAAGCGCUAUAUGGUCUCAAGCAGGCUCCAAGAGCAUGGUAUGAGAGGUUAACAACAUUUCUUCUGGAUCAAGGAUAUGUUCGUGGAAGUGUAGACAAGACACUGUUUGUUCUCAACAACAACAAGGCCUUGAUGUUUGUUCAGAUCUAUGUGGACGACAUUAUUUUUGGUUCUACCUGUCAAUCUCUGGUGCAAAGGUUCGUGAAGAACAUGUCACAGGAGUUUGAGAUGAGUAUGGUGGGAGAGCUGAAAUACUUCUUGGGUCUGCAAGUAGAACAAUCAGCUGAUGGGAUCUUUGUGUCUCAAAGCACCUAUGCUAAAGAAUUGGUUCAGCGAUUUGGUUUAGGGAAGAGUAAAGAAUCCAAGGUACCUAUGGGGGUCAAUGACAAGCUUUCAAAAGAUGAGGAAGGAGAGGAUGUGGAUGAAAGACUAUACAGAGGUAUGAUUGGGAGCUUGCUCUACCUGACAGCAAGUAGGCCUGACAUUUGUCUGUCAGUAGGGAUUUGUGCACGGUACCAGGCCAAGCCCAAGCUGUCACACUUGCUAGCAGUCAAGAAGAUCAUCAAGUACAUCAAGGGGACAGUGAACUUUGGUAUUUUCUUCACUAAGGAUACCAACACCAGUCUGAGCGGGUACUGCGAUGCUGAUUGGGCAGGUUCUGUGGAUGAUCGCCGAAGUACUAGUGGAGGAUGCUUCUUUAUGGGCAACAAUCUAAUUUCAUGGCACAGCAAGAAGCAGAACAGUGUCUCACUGUCAACCGCUGAGGCAGAAUACAUUGCCUUGGGCAGUUGUUGUACACAGCUCCUGUGGAUGCGUCAAAUGUCCUCUGACUAUGGAACUGGAACUAGAACAGAUCAUAGAAAUCCUGGAAUAUAUAGAAGAUCAACAUCUGAAGAAGUGUGGGAAAUAGCUGCCUGUCAUGCCGGUCUAUCCAUCCUGUUAAACGUUGUCAUGAUUAAGGAGGUCAAAGAGCUGUGA